UCAUGCUGCUGCCAGGUCCAGAGUCUCUCAUGGGUCCCUGUACGGCCUCCCAUUGCUGCUGUCUCCAUCGCACACUCUGCCAUGUGCCACUUUCAGGUCUCCUCACACUGCUGGUGUGUUCCAUUUUUUGUCAUAGGGUGCUGGCAGAUUACGGGCCUCCCAUAGCUGCUGCCAGGCCCCUAAUCUGCCAUGGGCCCCUAUACCGCCUCCUCAUGCUGCUGCCAAGUCCAGAGUCUCUCAUGGGUCCCUGUACGGCCUCCCAUUGCUGCUGUCUCCAUCGCCACACUCUGCCAUGUGCCACUUUCAGGUCUCCUCACACUGCUGGUGUGUUCCAUUUUUUG